CUGUUACGCAAGUAUGACGGUGGCUGCUCCAAUUUUGCCAAGCAGACCAUCCUGUGCCACAUCAAACAUCGGCUGUGGCAGAGAUUCCACCACCGCUCCACUGUGCUACAAAUGCAGCACAGUUGGAGCGAUGUGAAGCGGCGCAACCCACAAUUUUUUUUUAAAAAAGUUGCCCGCCAAAUCUCUGCCACAGCUGAUGGGCGUCAGGCGGUGGUCUGCUUGGCAAAAAAGCCACACAGGAGGAAAGCCACCAUCCUCUUUUGCCGGCCACAGGCGAAGCAUCCCCUGCGCAGACUCCACAUUGUGGAAGAGCAAGAGAGUGAAGAGGAGGGCCACCAGGGGGACGAGGAGGAGGAGGAUGAGGAGGGCACAUCCUCUCAUGCCAACUUACCGGCAAAUUUGCCUCCCGUGGAGAAGGAGGAGGCGGCGGCACACCUGUCUCCACGACGCUCUCACCGCAGUCACCCAUUCUGCCAGAGACCCCCUCACCUCCAGCUCACUGUAAGUUCCUUGGAUGUGCUUGCCUAUUCUCUGUGUGCAUUAUGUAGCUUUGAUGUCUGCAAUGUGUUCUGUUCUAUGUUGUUGUUUAUGUAGCACCAGCCAUGUUGGAAGAGGAGGAGCCUGAUAAGGAGGGCACCUCUUCUGA